AUGGGUUCCAUCGAGCAAUCCAAUCUUCCAUCGGACUUCCUCUGGGGUUUUGCAACGGCGGCAUACCAGAUUGAAGGAGCUGCAAAGGAAGAUGGCCGCGGUCCAUCGAUCUGGGAUACCUUCUGCAAGAUCCCGGGCAAGAUUGCCGGCGGUGGUUCUGGUGAUGUAGCUUGCGACUCGUAUCACCGCACACACGAGGAUAUUGCCUUGUUGAAAGAAUGCAACGCUAAGGCAUAUCGAUUCUCUCUGUCAUGGUCCCGCAUUAUUCCCCUCGGUGGCCGAAACGAUCCCGUCAACAAGAAAGGCAUUGAGUUCUACCAGAAGUUUGUGGAUGAUCUGAUUGAUGCUGGCAUCACUCCUUUGAUCACCUUGUUCCAUUGGGAUCUGCCAGAUGAGCUCGACAAGCGAUACGGUGGGCCUCUCAACAAGGAGGAGUUUGUGGCCGACUUUGCAAACUACGCCCGCUUGGUGUUCGAGGCCUUCGGAUCCAAGGUCAAGUAUUGGAUUACUUUCAACGAGCCUUGGUGCAGCAGUGUUCUUGGAUAUAACAAUGGUUCUUUUGCACCUGGACACACCAGCGAUCGUACCAAGAGCCCUGUGGGCGAUAGCUCAACCGAGCAGUGGAUUGUCGGACACAGUUUGCUGGUUGCUCACGGAGCUGCAGUGAAGAUAUACCGUGAUGAAUUCAAGCAGAGAGACGGUGGUGAGAUUGGCAUUACACUCAACGGUGACUGGGCCGAGCCUUGGGACCCAGAAAACCCAGCUGAUGUGGAAGCCUGUGACCGAAAGAUCGAGUUCGCCAUCUCAUGGUUCGCCGAUCCUAUCUACCAUGGCAAAUACCCCGACAGCAUGGUCAAGCAACUUGGCGACCGUCUACCAACCUGGACCCCAGAGGACAUUGCACUGGUCAAGGGCAGCAACGACUUCUACGGUAUGAACCACUACUGCGCGAACUUCAUCCGUGCCAAGACGACAGAGCCGGAACUCAAUGAUGUCGCUGGUAACUUGGAUAUCCUGCUCGAGGAUAAGAAUGGAGUUAGUGUCGGGCCUGCCACACAAUCCCCUUGGUUGCAGCCGUCCGCCAUCGGAUUCAGGAAACUGCUCAAAUGGCUCAGUGAGCGGUACGGCUAUCCCAAGAUCUAUGUCACAGAGAAUGGCACUAGUGUCCUGGGUGAAAAUGACAUGCCGCUGGACGAACUGCUCAACGAUGAGUUCCGCGCGAAGUAUUUCCGGGACUAUAUUAGUGCUAUGGCUGAUGCGUAUACCCUCGACGGUGUCAAUGUGCGGGCAUACAUGGCUUGGAGUCUUCUAGACAAUUUCGAAUGGGCUGAAGGCUACGAGACUCGUUUCGGUGUGACUUACGUCGAUUAUGAGAACGAUCAGAAGCGAAUCCCGAAGAAGAGUGCUAAGGAGAUUGGCAAGGUCUUUGACCGGCUGAUCCAGAAGGCCUGA